UUGGUGGAGCGCUUCAUUUGGGCAAUCUAUCAGAUGUAGCCUCCUCUCAUGCACUUCUACCAGUAUGUGCUGGGCUGAACUGCUAAGAAGUCUGGACUGGUCUGCUGCUCUUUGCUUUUCGUGAGCAUCGUAUGGAUGAACGUUCUUCCGUUCCGACAUACGCCUUGUUUGACUAAGCAGUAACUAUGCUCUUGAACAUCUCGUAUCUUCCCACAUCGUCCAGCUUCUGGGGAGAAAUUGCAGUACGCCUUCUCCAGAGGAAAGCAGACUGCCCCAAGUUUUUUGUCACCAGCAUAUUCGAGUCGUCUGAAUCCGUCAAUAAGCAUGGCUUCCGGGCCGCAUACAUUUGUUACUAUGGUGGUCUUCUCGCCAGAGAAGUUCCAAGGUAAUCCUUUGGCAAUCGUCGGCAUACGUGGGAACGCCAUUAGCCAAAAGCGCAAAGGCCUAAUCGCCAAAGAGUUCGGGUACUCGGAAACCGUCUUCUUGCAUGAUGCUCCCGCUCCGGGCAUGCCGCGACUAUGUGAGAUCUUCACCGAGACUGGUGAAGAGAUACCCUUUGCCGGUCAUCCUGUGAUUGGCGCUGCACACUAUAUAUUCUCCUACUGCGAGAAAAUGCACUAUGGAGGACCGGCCGAUCGAGACACCCAGCGACAAACGGGCGUCCUCUUGACGAAAGCAGGCAAGAUCCCUAUCUUCUUCAACCCUUACCGGCAGGUGGCUGCAUGUUCGGUGCCGCAUAAUUUCCACCUACACCAACAUCAAGUACCUAUGGAACAGGUCAUAGCAACACAGCCUCAGAUCCAAAUAGUCCCAGGCAUUGACAAAGCCAAGAACAAAUCUUUUCCCGUCGUGUCCAUCGUGAAAGGGAUGACGUUCGUUCUGGUUGACUUGACCGAACACCCGGAUAUUUUCACUGCUGUUCAACCCGGAAAGGCUCCGGAAGCGGAGUUGGAUUCAGCCUGGUCACCUAGCUUUGUAGGCUGUUUAUACUACAAGGUUCUGAACCAGGCCGAAAAGCCCGGAGAGCCUACGAUUCACAAUAUUCAAGCCCGCAUGAUCUCUCAUGGUAUCGAGGACGCCGGAACUGGAAGUGCUUGUUCCGCCCUGUCGUGUUAUCUGGCGUUGCAAUCCACGUCCAAGUCCGACAAGCCGGAAGCGUCUGAGGCUGGGACCGAAUUGGCAAAACAGACGGAGGAGUUGAAGCUGGAAGAGAAGACGGAAAGAAAGGUGUUUGGCAUCCAGCAGGGAGUCGAGAUGGGACGGCUGUCCACAAUCGCCGUCGAGGUUGACGUCAAGACGGAUGCGCAGGGCAAAGUCAGUCUGGCAAAUGUGAUACUCUCGGGAAGGGCCAAUUUGCAUACGAGAGGUGAGCUCAUCGGGGCAUAGACAGUCGAGGCGGCGGGAGGUCUGGGGCCGUGGUGCUGGUCAUGUGUACGGAGUCUAGGUAGGGGUGUUCGCAUUUGAAAUCGGAUGGUUGGGAUCCCGAAACACCAUCAUCUAGUAUGUACGACCGGGAAAGGAGUAAUCCGGGACAAAAUGAUCGAUCUUCCACCCCGCGAGUAGCCUAGUCCAACCACGUUGAGUCCACAGGCAAGUGCUGCCGGGUAGGAGUAAUG